AUGUCCCUUGCCCUCAAAGGAACUACUUUUGAACUCAGAAAGGCAUUCUACUUUGACCCCACAGAGGAGAUUAAAAGAGAAUUUUCAGAAACAAAAAUACCUUAUCCCAAAGAAACAAUCUCUGAUGAGGGCUGCAGCUGCAUCACAAAUGCCAAAUUCAGUUUCAUUCUUUGUUCAGUGGAAGCCCUAAAAGAUGAAGCCAGUCAAAAAGAUAAGGGAAGUUGCAAAGAUGAUUCUUCAGCAAGUUAUGAACUAAUAUGCAGCUUACGGUCCUUGAUCAUUUCAGUCAAACAGCUUCAGGCUAGUUUUCUCUUAAAUCCAGAGAAAUAUACUGGUGAACUUGCUACUCAGCCAAGGCGACUACUUAACACGCUCAGGGAACUCAACCCUAUGUAUGAAGGAUAUCUACAGCAUGAUGCACAGGAAGUAUUACAGUGUAUUUUGGGAAACAUUCAAGAAACAUGCCAACUCCUAAACAAAGAAGUAAAAAAUGUGGCAGAGUUAUCUACUAAGGUAGAAGAAAAACAUCAGAAAGAGGAAAUGAGUGGUAAUAACAGCAUGGAGAUGGACAGUAUGAGGCAUUCGGAAGACUAUAAAGAAAAAUUGCCAAAAGUAAAUGGGAAAAGAAAAAGUGACACUGAAUUUAGUAACAUGAAGGAAAAAGUUAAAGUCUCUAAGGAACACUAGUCUUUGGAAGAAAACCAGAGACAAACCAGAUCAAAAAGAAAAGCUACAGUUGAUUCAUUAGAUAUUCCUGCUAAAAUAAUCCCCAAGUACAUUUCUGAAAAUGAGAGUGCAAGACCCUCACAAAAGUAAUCAAGAGUUAUAAACUGGUUAAAGUCUGCAGCUAAGCAACCCAGCAUUAUUUCUAAAUUCUGUAGUCUGGGUAAAAUAACAACAAACCAAGAAUCCAAAGGACAAUCUAAAGAAAAUGAAUAUGAUCUUGAAGAGGACUUGGAGAAGUAUGAGAAUGAUAAUACAGCUAAUGGUUGUGUACUUGUAUCUCCAGGGAAUAAUGUUAUGCCUGUUAAUGAAGUUAAGCCCAUAAACAAAGGUGCAGAGCAAAUUGGUUUUGAGCUAGUGGAGAAAUUAUUUCAAGGUCAGCUGGUAUUAAGGACUCAUUGCUUAGAAUGUGAAAGUUUAACAGAAAGAAGAGAAGAUUUUCAAGACAUCAGUGUACCAGUGCAAGAAGAUGAGCUUUCCAAAGUAGAGGAGAGUUCUGAAAUUUCUCCAGAGCCAAAAACAGAAAUGAAGACCCUGAGAUGGGCAAUUUCAGAGUUUGCUUCAGUGGAGAGGAUUGUAGGAAAAGAUAAAUAUUUCUAUGAAAAUUGCCAUCAUUAUACUGAAGCUGAACGAAGUCUUUUGUUUGACAAAAUGCCUGAAGUUAUAGCUAUUCAUUUGAAGUGCUUUGCUGCUAGUGGCUUGGAGUUUGAUUGUUAUGGUGGUGGACUUUCCAAAAUCAACACUCCUUUACUGACACCUCUUAAACUGUCACUAGAAGAAUGGAGCACAAAACCAACCAAUGACAGCUAUGGAUUAUUUGCAGUUGUGAUGCAUAGUGGCAUUACAAUUAGUAGUGGGCAUUAUACUGCUUCUGUUAAAGUCACUGACCUUAACAGUUUGGAACUAGAUAAGGAAAAUUUUGUGAACGCAAUGUGUGAAAUAGGUAAGCCAGAACCAUUGAAUGAGGAGGAAGCCAGGGGUGUGGUUGAAAAUUAUGACAAUGAAGAAGUGUCGAUUAGAGUCAGUGGAAAUACCCAGCCAAGCAAAGUUUUGAACAAAAAAUAUGUAGACGCUAUCGGAGUUCUUGGAGGACAAAAGAGUAAAGCAGAUUAUGAGUUACACAACAAAGCAUCUAAUCCUGAUAAAGUUGCCAGUACAGCAUUUGCUGAAAAUAGAAAUUCUGAGACUAAUAGUACUAAUGAGACCCAUGAAUCUGAUAGAAACAAGGAAUCCAGUGACCAAACAGGCAUUAACAUGAGUGGUUUUGAAAACAAAAUUUCAUAUGUAGUGCAAAGCUUAAAGGAGUAUGAGGGGAAGUGGUUGCUUUUUGAUGAUUCUGAAGUGGAAGUUACUGAGGAGAAGGACUUUUUGAAUUCCCUUUCCCCUUCUACAUCUCCUACAUCUACUCCUUACUUGCUAUUUUAUAAGAAAUUAUAGAGUGAGUGUAUUUUCCUUGUGUAUAUAUUAAACAGACCUGGACAAACAUCGGUAAAUUGAUUACAUCAAAAAAGUCUUUAGCUUAUCUUUUGAAGCUAUUGGGUAUUACUGGUCUCUCUAGGUUUUUAUAUAAAUAGUGAAAUUUGAAUUAUUGA